CUUUGGUAUUUAUAUAUUUACAUAAGAUUAGAAUAGUUUGUUAAACCCCUGGGUUUCGUUCCUUUCAUUACUUUUCUUUUGGUUAUUGUAUUUUGCAUUUAUUUCGAUUAUUGGGUUUCAUCAACAACCAUGGAUUUUGCUGUAGUAAAAGGAGUAGCAGAGAAUGGUUUAACUGUGGAGUGGAUCAAACGUAAGAAUCUUGGCCUGGGUUCCUAUGGAGUUGUUCAUUUAGUGAAACCGAUAAACUAGGUUUAUGAUGACGAUCAAGUUUUUGCUGUGAAAUCUUGUCUUCACCAAGAUUCUUGUUCACUUCAAAAGGAACUAGAAAUCCUUGAGCAAUUUGCUGGUUGCGGUACAAUUGUUGAAUUCUAUGGGGAUAUGUUGAGCAUUGAUCAAGGGAUGUUGGUUUACAACUUGUUCCUUGAAUAUGCUCCUGGUGGUAGUCUUUUGGAUUUGAUGAUCGAGAAAUAUGGGGGCUACAUACCCGAAUGCGAAGCCAAGUGCUACGCAAGAAUGCUGCUUGAAGGGGUUCGGGAUAUUCAACAGAGAGGCUGUGUCCAUUGUGCUCUCAAGCCAGCAAAUAUCCUUGUUUAUCCUCCUGAUCAGUAUGGUUCCAUUAACAGUCUAAAGAUUGCCGAUUUUGGCCUGGCUAGGCUACCUGGAGACAGAGAUAUGGCAGAGGUAGGAACUUUUCCAGGUACUCCAGUUUACAUGCCACCAGAAACUGUUUUUGAUGGGAAAAUCAGUGCUGCUUUGGAUAUAUGGUCCUUAGGAUGUAUUGUUCUUGAGAUGAUCACCGGAAAAACUACCAUGGGAAUUUCAGGACCCGAGGCAUUUGGCGAUCAAGAUUGCAUUUUCGAGAUAUCCACCAAAAAGACCCAAACCAUGUCAAGCACAGGGAAAGAUUUAUUGAUGAAAUGUUUUGCAAGGGAUCCUAGUGAAAGGUGGACUGCUGAUAUGCUGUUAAGCCAUCCUUUUACCCUUCCAGAAUACCCUUUGUGGCCAUCUCCAACAAAAUCUCUUCACCAUGCUCAAGUUGAUAGUUGUCCUCCUUCCAUGGUGGAACUUGACGAUGUGUGCCUAGCUAUUUUUUGAUAAUUGAAUUUUUAUUAUCCAAAAACAAUAGUCCGGAGGGUACCAUCAAUCUCCUUAGCAUUUUCCAAUCUUUCAUUUCCACCAUUAAUGUCAUCCUUUAUAUCAUUAAAUUCACGAUCUGUUGCAGACAAUUUCUUUGGAGAUUUGGUUUCAUUACUUGUGUCCUAGACCUCUGUAUAAAUGUAUACUUUUUCCUAGUCUUAACCAAGCAGUUUCCUAUCAUAGUUGUAGUUUCUGUAUUGAAUG